AUGGAAUUUACAGAAUACAAAAUGAUUCUUCAAGCAGAGAACUUCAUUAGCAAGCCUGUGAUUGCAUGCGGUAUGCCAGGAUCUAGUGACAAUUUGAAUAUACCUUUUCUUCUGGCAAUGUGGAACGCUAGAACGUUCUACCAAACUGGAAAACUUGAACGCGUAAAACAAGAAAUGAAAAGAAUGAAUACCGACAAAAUUCAAACUUUUUGUGGCCACUUCACUUUUGAUUUUCUCAAAUUUUAUCUUGAUUUUACAAACAACUGUGUUACGAUCACUGUCACAAUUGAGAAAUUGACACCUGUCACAUUUCUUGAUCACAUCAUGCGGAAGGAAAAAAUGGAAAAUCUAACAACUACUGGAAAGAUUGCAGAGAAAAGAGAUCGCGGUCAACAACGAACAACAUUCGUGAAGUCCUUGUGUCACUUGUUGAAUAUCACCACAUUUCAACUACUACAAAGUGUUGAAGAUCGGGUUUUGUGGAGGUCGAUGGUCGCCAAUGUCCUGAAAGGAUAA